CGAUUAAAAAAGCAUCACAAGUUCGGCCACACUUAACAGGGCACGUCACAGUAUAAUUUGUUUUUGUUUUCUUUUUUAAGCUACGCACAACAAAAUGAGUGCAUUGUUCAAUUUUCAAAGCUUAUUGUCGGUGAUAUUGCUACUAAUAUGCACCUGCGCCUAUUUGCGUUCGCUCUUCCCCAGCAUCAUUGACCGCAAUAAAACGGGUUUGCUGGGAACAUUUUGGAAGCUGGCGAGAAUUGGGGAACGAAAGUCGCCUUGGGUUGGCGCCGCUUGCCUGAUAAUGGCUUUUACCGUUCUCUUUUGGAGUUAAGGUUCAAUAAAUAGAGCAUUUGGAAUUUCA